GUGUAUGUGUACGUAUGUGUUGUUGUUGAAGCAAUGAUGGCGGCAGCGGGAUGCGGAUCAGCAACCGCGGCUGCCGUAGGAGGCCAAGGUGGAACUGCUACGGCCAGAGGUCGUUUCCCUGGUCGGCCAUGGUCUUCGCGUAGUCGUUUGCGUUCCGAGAAGCGAUGGCAACUCGGAAGAUCAGGCUUUGAAGCUGACGAUGUGACUAACGGAGGGCCAAGGCCCGCAAACCUGGUUCUGUCGUUAAACGAAGACCAGUCUCACUUGCGCUUACUGGGAAUAGAGGCAAGUCACAAGAUCCUUGGCCAGGCUGGAUACAGCUCUAGUGAGAGUGAAGAGGUGAGGUCCCAAACCGACCCAGGAGGGGAUGACUUUAAAGGAUUUGAAGCUGAGAGGAAAAGCUCCAAAAAAACUGUAAUAGCUCAACAGAAUUCUUCCAAAGGGGUUGGUGUCAACACGAAAUCCAAGCGACCAAGUGAAAAGACGCCAGCAGCAGCAGCGGCAACCAUUCCCCCUGACCUCAUAAAAGAAGAAAACACUUUGGAGGAAAUAGAUGGCACACCUCUCGAUGUGACACCAGCAAAGAAUUUGAAGACGGGUUUGAAAGGAAAAAGCGGUCCAGGUCGCCAGUCCACUAAAAACAAAUCUUCAGCAGCACCAAGGAUAACCAUAAAGUUAGUGGCCAAAAAGCAAAUCAGAGCCAUAAAGGAGCCUCGGAAAAAAUCUGUGAAGAAGUUGAAGAUCAAGGAUAUUCAGGAUGAGCCUAAUGCCCAGAACUCUCAGGGUGAGCAGAUUUUAAACGAUCAUGUUAAGUUAAAAACUGAACCACUGGAGGAUAAGUGCAGCCCCCUGGAGAAAAGAGCUGGGAAUGGACCUCCAAGGAGGCGAGGGAGAUCUGCCGUAAAGACGGCUGAACCUGAAGGCCAGACUACUGCCAAAGUCGGGGUUGAUGACCAAAAAUCAAAAUCAAAUGAUAAAGAACUGUCUGACACUGUAAAGGAUAAUGGGUCUGCUGAGCCGAAACCCAAGGCGUCAAAGAAGAAAAAGAAACCAUCUGCUGGUAAACUCGUCACACGAAGGAGUAAUAGAGUUGCUAACCCAGUCUCUAAAAACGUCCCGGAUAGUCUGGAGAAGCACGAAGCUCAGGAGAAAAGCGAUCAAGCUGAGCCCAAGGUGGAAGUUUCACAAACGGUGGAGACUAAACCAUCAAAAAAAAGGGGAGGAGGAGGACAGGAGCGGAAGGAAGGUCGGAGGCAAAGCAGAAGGCUAAAUAAGGAUAUUCCAGUGCCAGAAAGCCAAGGCUCAUCGUCGGCGGAGACAAAUAGUUUAGCUGUCCAGCCCGGUGAGGGUUCGCCUUUUAAAAAUGAGAAGCUAAGGGUUCCAAGCUUAAAGCUGAUAAAGAUCAAAAACCCUAAAUAUGGCCUACAGGCCAGUGGGAAGGCUUCAUCACGGAAGAAAAAGCGGAGAAAAUACAUCUGGACGUUAGCUUUAGUGAAGGUCGGAGGUCAGACACUGGGUGAUGAAAAUGUUGUCAAAACACAGCCAGAGACUCUAGACGAGGCGGAUCCGUUUGUUCCUUGCGAUACCAGCAUCCAGGAAAGCGUUAAGGAUCCGGAUGAGAAAUCCAAACUGGAAAAGGGAACCCCACAGGAGAGCAGCAACACUGAUGCAAGUGAUGUUAUCCUGAAAAAGCCUUCAGAAAAGUCCAGUUUACAAGCGGAAGUUCAUGUGGAUCCCUCACCAGAAACACCCUCCCACGAACCCCCUAAAGCUGACUGCGAGAAAGUGCCGCCCCUGCAGAUUAAAAAGGUCUCAUCUCCUGGCAAAAACAAGAGCUCCAAACCAUCCUUUUUGAUCCAGCAGGUUAGCCCCGUGCCUGACAAGAAAGAGGAGAUUCUGCAAGAUCCGGGUGAAGUUAGGGAGGAUAAGAAACCCUGUCCGGAUGUUGAAGGUACGCCUGCUAGGAGGCUAAGAAGAAGAACAUCCAGCCUUGAUUCACCACAGAGUAAGACUGUCCCUAAGAAGCAAGUCGGCGCUCAGAAAAGGAGGCUUAGAGCGAGACCUCAAGGUGAAGAUGUCCCCCAGGUGCAGGCGGAAGUUUCCUCUCAGGUUUCCACUGAAGAUCUCAUCCCACAAGUUCUUCCUGAAGACCCAAGUCCUAUUUUGGCUGAGGAUGCUCCGCAGGUUUCCAGUGUCAACUCCUCCGAAGACCAUGACAAGGAUACCUCAAAAGUUGCUGACCUCCCCUCCCAGUUGCCAGGUGAAGUUUCCCCUCAGAAGGUGGAGAAUGAGGCGGAGCUUCAGAGUAAAGAGGCCAAACCGUUGCCUGUGCCUUCCAAACCUAGGAGAUGUAGGAAUAAUAAAGUUGGGAAAAAGAAGUGUCUCCUGAAGAAAACUGCAGCCGUUUCCCCCGAUACCACAGUCAGCGCCGCCGUCGGCACGGUGGAUUCCACGAAUGUAGAGCCAGUUUUGAAGGAAGAUGCUCCACCUGUUAUCGAAGAACCACUUCAGCCAGAACCAAAAGAGUGCCUCCAGCCAGAGGCCCAGCCGGUCGCCGUGCCGGUGGAGGAGGAGCUGCAGAUACAGCUGCCGGUGAAAGAGGAGCCCGAGCUGCCGUUGAUCGAUAGCCAAAGGUCCGUGGUGCCAGAAAGUGAAGCGAUUGUUCCAGCACCAUCAAAGAAGAGUCACAAAAAGGUAAAAAAGCGGCGCAUCAACAGAAUGGGACCGCCGCAGAAACACAGACUCAGAGGGAAGGAUGGAAAGUUUGCUCCUUUAAAGUCCUGCAAAAAUCUGAGCAGCUGCGACGUCCAGGUAGACGGGGAGAUUUCCACCUCGCUUACAGCUAUAGCUCCUCCCCCAACCGCCAGGCUCGUGGGAGUGCAUAAGAAGUACAAAAAGAGGCGGGCAGGCCUCAAAUAUGGUGAAGGCAAAACCCAGCCGCAGCAAACUAAAAUCAUCUCCACGCUUCUGGAAAUGGGGCUCGACAAAGCCGGUCUGAAGCAGGAGGAAGCUGACACCCCAGUGGACGGAAGGCAAGCCGAUGCUGCUGCCGCCCAGCCAGGUAAAUCCAAGUUCGUCAAGAACAUCAAGCACUUCAUCAUGCCGGUCGUGAGUGCCCGAUCCUCCCGUGUCAUUAAGACCCCACAGAGGUUUAUGGAUGAUGCUGGGAUGUCCGUUUUGCCACGGAGAAACUCCCCGAAGAAAGGCUCCCAGUUUACCUUGCAGACGCGUCCGGGGAAGAAGAGAGAGGAUGACCUGGAGAGAGCGAUAUCCCCCAUCCUUCCAAUCGAUGAGGAGGACAUAUUGAGUGAAGCUCAGCUGGACGUUGAUCUGCUCACCGCUCAGGACUUUGAAGACAGCCUGGACAUUGCCGAUACUUUGUUUUCUGAAAGACAGUGUGGCCCAAUAGAACCCAGGAGUCCCUUCCUGAAGAACUCCAGCUUCAAGUGGCACAUGCCUGAGGAGACGGAGGAGGAAUGGAAUACGUUAAAUAAAACGCCAGAGAGAAAAUGUGAGGACCUCUUACUGUCACCUCCGGUUAACAAGUCCUUGGAGCUAUCGCCCGGCUUCCUGGGAGAUUUGAAAAAGAAGAGUUAUCCCAAGUUUAACAAGCAGGCGGCUCACCUGAAGAUUUAUCAGAGGCUGAAGAAGCCCCACAUGGGACUUCCUAAAAGCAGAGGCACAGCAGAACCAGACGGUUUGAGCAAACCACCGUCAAUAGAUUUAGCAGAAGGACUGGACGACGAGGCCAUGAGCAUCAGUUUAAGGCAGCGAGAUACCAUCACCGAGACGGAGAAGUCCAAGCUGAAGAUUGAGGAUCUCAACACUCCAGGGGUUAUUAGGAAGGUUUGUGUUCGGGCUACCAACUCCACAUCGCUGGUGUUACACCACAGCGAAGAGGACGAAGUAGAAGGGAAAGACGCCCCCAAGAUUCCCUCUGGAGAGCUGCGGUCGAGGCCAAACUCGGGCGCGCCUGCUUCCAUGGAGAAGGGAGCCUCCCAGCGCGCACGCCUCACCGGAGCAAAUAAAAGAAUGUUCAAUCUCCUCAGGAAAGCCAAGGUUCAGCUCUUUAAAAUUGACCAGCAGAAGCAGCUGAAAUCUUCAGGGCUAUUGUCCACCACAACCGGAGCCAGAUCCCAAGAUUUAGCAUCCAAGAGACAGAGAAGGAAGCCGAGGAUGCAGCCUCUUCCGACUGUUCCAGUCAAGACUGAGCCUAUUCAAGCACAACCUCAGCUCAUCUCCCCACUGUGCCAGGAGUUCAGAAGAGCAGGAGGUCCACGGAUCAAGCACGUGUGUCGAGCUGCCUCUGUGGUGCUCGGGCAGCCCCGAGCGCUCGUACCGGAUGACAUCCCCAGACUAAGCGCCUUACCACUGCACGAGAGAUCUGGUAUCUCUCCAUCACCCAUCGCUAAAGAUAUUGGAUCUCCAUCAGAGUCAGACAACCCCGAACUGUCUGAUCAAAAAGUAACCAAGUCCAAAAAGCCGACGAAUUUUGGAAAAAGGAAAGGGCUGGGGCCGUUCGGGUACCGCUCCCGGAGGUGUGGGGUGUGCAAAGGCUGCAACCACGAGGAGGACUGCGGCAAAUGCAUCAACUGUCUCGACAAGCCCAAGUUCGGAGGUCCUAAUACGAAACGGCAGUGUUGUGUCUAUAAGAGAUGUGAUCAAAUCGAAGAAAGAAAGGCACGCAGGCUGAGUGGAAGAGCGGCACCAAAAGGUUCCUCUAAGCGCCGCCGCCGAUCGUUCAGCGGGGGUCAUUCCAGUAAUGAAGAGGGCAACGACUGCGCUGUAGAUUCUCCAUCGGGUGACGGCCAGAGUCCGUCGGUGAGGAAGCAGCCGAAGCGCGUCGUGAAACCCCGGGUCUACUUUGAUCUGGUGGAUUAUGACUCCGAUCUGGACGAGAAGGCCUUCUCCAGCUCUGCCUCACCAGCAAGGAAAAGAGGUUCUGGAUCUCGCUUCAGUCAAGAUUUCGUUUCUCUUGAUGGGUUCUUGGAAGACACCUCCGAAGAUGAAUCCAGACAUCGAAAACCCAGUUCCCAUCGUGUGCCACAGGGUCGCCGGAAAGCUGAGAAGGGUCUUCCAACUCCGGCUGUGUUGGAACAGACUCCUCCCAGUGUCCUCGCAGCUCUGGCCCACGGAUUCGAACAACGACAGGUCGAGUCUUCUAAACCUUCUCAUAAAAUCCGGGUGGACUUCAAGGAGGACUGUACUUCAGAGAACGUCUGGAAUAUGGGUGGUUUAAGCAUCCUUAGUUCUGCUCCUGUCAUGCCACCUUACGUUUGCUUCCUGUGUGCCAGUAAGGGCCAACACGAGAUGCUGCACUGCCAAGUGUGCUGUGAACCCUUCCACCGGUUUUGCCUUGAACCAGCAGAGCGCCCCUCUGAGGAGAACAAAGAGAACUGGUGCUGCAGACGCUGCAAGUUCUGCCACGUGUGCGGCAAGAAGAACCAGCUCACUAAGCCUUUAUUGGAGUGUGAGCGGUGCCAGAACUGUUAUCACGCUUCCUGUUUGGGACCCAACUAUCCAAAACUAAACAAGAAAAGGAAAGCCUGGGUUUGUAUGAGAUGUAUCAGGUGCAAAAGCUGCGGUGUGACACCAGGCAAGAGUUGGGACAUCGACUGGAACCACGACAAAGGCCUUUGUCCAGACUGUUCAAAACUUUACGAGCAGGGGAACUACUGUCCAAUCUGCUUCAAGUGUUACGAAGACAACGACUACGACAGUCAGAUGAUGCAGUGCGGCACAUGUAAUCACUGGGUACACGCCAAGUGUGAAGAUCUAACAGAUGAGCUGUAUGAAAUCCUGUCCAGUUUACCUGAAAGCGUGGUGUACUCGUGCCGGCCGUGCAGCGUCACCCAGCCCAGUGCCUGGAGGGAGCUUCUUUACAUUGAACUCAGGGCAGGAGUGGAGAAAGUGCUGGCAUGCUUACUCUCCUCCACGCUCACACAACACCUUGUCACAUGCUCACAGUGUGAAAAGCUGGUUGAUCCUGACAGUGGGAUUGAAGGCAGGCCGGCCUGUGACCUCCGAGCUGUCGGCAAGAAGUUUGAUAAAAGCCUUUAUACGUCACUGAAAAUGUUUCACGAAGACGUGGUCCAGGUGAUCCGGAAAAGGCUUGAACAAGAAGAUGACCUUCCCGAUGAGCGGAGGCCCACUGCCCUGGCACGCUCGUACUACUUAAAGCUCCUUGAAGAGGUUUUUAACUGGUUCAACAGCCAGGACCCAAAGGUGUGGAACCCCUGUACCAAAGACUUACCUGUGGGGAUGCUGUCCAGUGGUAUCUGUCCUCCCACCACGGAGCAUGUGUACGCACAGUGGCAGGAGCGGGAGGAGCAGUCGUCCCGGCAUCCCUUGGGUAUUCUGCAGGAGGACAACCGGCAGUUUCUGGACAUUAAGGAAGAGGACGGAGCGUCUCCGAUGUUGGGUGAUCCAGCAAGCCGGAACUAUUUCAAAAGCAGCAGGUCUCUCAAAUUCAAAGCAGGAAAAAGAGGGAGGCUUAUGAAGGCUGACUGCGACACUGGAUGGUCUAAAGAGGAUGAGAGGCAGUGCUCUUUGUGUCAGAAAUAUGGCGACCUCAAACCUGAUGAAGCGGGACGGUUGCUGUAUUUGGGCCAGAACGAGUGGGCCCACGUCAACUGCUGUCUGUGGUCCGCUGAGGUGUUCGAGGAGGACAACGGUUCUCUGCUGCACGUACACAGUGCUGUCACAAGAGGGCGCUUGAUGAGGUGUGAGCGCUGCAAUAAGACGGGCGCCACCGUCGGCUGCUGCCUCACGUCCUGCCAGAGCAACUACCACUUCAUGUGUGCCCGCUCCCGGCAGUGUGUCUUCCAGGAUGAUAAGAAGGUGUACUGCUACAAACACCGGCAUCUCAUCAGCGGCAGGAUGAUAACCGGCCAAGAGUUUGAAGUCAACCGAAGAGUGUAUGUGGACUUUGAGGGAAUCAGCCUCCGCAGAAAGUUCCUGACGGGAUUGGAACCAGAACUCAUCAAUGUGAUGAUUGGUUCCUUGCAGAUUGACAAGCUAGGCGUGCUGAGUGAACUUUCAGCGAGUAAAGGCAAAUUGUUUCCUGUUGGAUUUCAAUGCUUUCGAUGGUACUGGAGUACGGUUAACCCACAGCGGCGGUGCAGAUACAAAUGUACGAUCCGUGAGGUGCGCCCAGUUGUCCCAGAGAAGCCCGUUGAGGAAAUGCCUGACCAAGGAGACAAUCACACCAUCGCUCACAGUCCUCGUCAACUUCCUGAAUCUCAAGCCCAGGAGAAAGUUUCAGCAGAAAUCCACCUUUCAUCUGAAGAAUUGUCAGUCCAAUGUCCUUCCAUAAAAUCAGACCACAGUACGAGGCCAAAGAUUCCCAGGAGGCCAGCGGGAGGAUUGUCCCGACCUCUGCCAUCCCCAGGUUCAGCCCAGACAAAACCCCACCAUAUUCUGACCAUAAGUGAUCUAGAAGAGACUCGAAGAGCUCGUCGCCACAGUCCGCACUCGCAGUCCUCUGGUCUACGCAGUCAUGGCCCUCCACCUCCCUUGGGUCCUUUACCUGGUCCAAUUACGCUCCGGGCUGGAAAGUCUUCACUGCCCACCUCCCCUUUGAUGCCCCUCGGUUCUUCUGAAAGUUUGAUCAACUCACCCUUAUCCCGCCCAUCUGGAGGCAGAACUCACUGUACAUCGUCGUUCUUCCCUCAGUCUCCUUGGCAGGACAGCACGACCUCAGCAAGCCUGCCUUUCUCUACAACCGUGCAGCAUUUACCCCGGAACCGCUUUUCAUUUGAUCUCAGCCAGCCUGAUUCUGUUGAAGUGCCGCACAACUUUUUAGCUUCCCCAGAACCUGAAGAUGUGACACCGAAUCCUGCCAAUGGUACAUCCCCUCACAGAGAGCUGGAAAAACAAAGAGACAAGUUUUCCUAUGAUUCAUUUCACAAAGAUUCAAGCUUAAGUCUGAGCGAGGAGAUGAGGACUGAACUGGAGAUUGAAGAAACAUUCCUGAAUGAAGGCGUUGCAAUGAACUGUGGGGGGCAAAUAGUGGUGGAAGGAGACGACCAGGAGGAGUUCUGGGGAACGGCAGAGGAGGUACCGAAGACCAAAUCCGUUGCCAACAGUCUUCCACUUCUUGCAGCCUCAGCCAAGGAUGACUUGGGGAACACGUCCUCUGAAGAUGACAUGGAGCACUAUUUUGAUUUUUCACGGAGAAUAGUCAGCUGCCAAUCAUCAAAAGAUCGCUCAAAGUCUCCCUCCUCUCCUGCAUCUCGACCUCUGGCUCAGCUGGACGGUAUCGAUGACGGUACAGACAGUGACGCCAGUGUUGCUACUACCGACGAUGCUCAGAAGAUGUUCGGGCCAGGGAAAAAUCAAAUGCAGAGCAAAAACCCAAACAAAACCCUCCCGACCUUGGAAAUUACAAACAGUUCCCCUGACACAUCACUAGACAGCAGGGGAAUGGAGUCUUCCUCUGCUACAGUCUCAGUUGCCGAAAAGAUUACACAUGAUUGUUCACCCCUAUAUCCACUUAAAUCUCUUGAUUCCAGUCAGAGCUCACACUCUCUGGAGAAUCAGGAAAACUUAUUUUCUGUUCUGGAUGAUGACUCGUUUCCUAACUUGCUCAUCAAAAUUCCAGAGACGACAUAUUCAGAGAAACUUUUGGGAACUCCCCUUCUGGCAGAAUGUGAAAAUACCCCACAUCUUACUGAGCUGCUGCCCGUUCUACAAGACACACCCCUCCAGAGCCACCCUGAAACCUGUAAAGCCCUGGACCUAGAGCCUGACGGUAGCACCUUCGUUUCAUUGACAGACGGGUCUGCCGCGUUGGUAAACCACUUAGCAUCUAACAUGGUAGUGCCUUCAUUAGCAGAUUCUGCCGACAAAACCCAGGACGCCAUGCUGGGUCUGCUGGAGCCGUCCCCUCUACUGUCUGCAGGUGCACACAGCUCUUCAGAAAGCCUCGUGGACUCCCUCCAGAUGGAUCCUUCUUUACCCCCUCUCACAAGCAUUACUCUUGAGCCAGUGACGACCCAAGAGUCAAUGCUGCCGUGCACAGAACUGUCAGCUGCUAAACUAUCAACACUCACUUCUGUAAGAGAAGUCAGACAGACACAGAUUAAUAUUUCCACUCCGAAUGAUCUAGUCUUAGGAACGACUGUCCCUUGCCCCCCAGCAGGACCUUGCAAUACGGUUUCCGUACCUCUCUACUCCACACAAACGCAGCCAUUCGGUUCAGCCGCUGUCACCAUUGUUUCCUCCUCAGCGUCGGUAGCUUCACUUUCUGGACUGAUGACACGCUGUUCUGCGGCUGCAAUACCGCUGCAAACCACCUCUGCUCCAGUGGUCCUGAACGGUUACAGCUCCAUGUCUCUGCAGAAGGAAGCCACAUCUGGACACACGAUUUCCAUCAACUUCUCCACACCCAGGCCAGCUUUAGAACCUCAGCAGCCAGUGCUUCCUCAAGCGUUACCUGGACAUGCCAUCCUCACUGUGAAAGAGGUGGGAGGUCCUAAUGUGGAUCCCACACCGCAUGUUCUACUGGUUAACCGCCUUGGACAAAUCUUUGUGAAAAACCCAGAAAGCAACACCUUCCAGCUUCCCACCCCCAACUCCCCUUCCUAUAACUGUGUCAACCAGAUCGCCAGCCUUUUGCAGAGCAAUGCCCUCUCAGCCACACUGGCAGCAGCCGGUAACGUUUCUACUCCCGCAGUUGGAGCCAACAUGGUGACGGCGGUCCCAGCGUCACUCACGCCUUCAGUACAGAAUCCAGCAACGAUUACACAGCUGCUCGCCCACAACAGCAACGGAGCAGUGGCAUCAAUGGGAGUGAAAAAAUCCAAGAAAAACACAAAAUCCUCAAAGGAAGAAUCUGUGUCAGAGUUGAAAAAAACAAAAAAGAAGAAGGAUUCUCACUCGUCUAAAAAACCCAAAACAUCAAAGGUUGCUGGGCAUCCAGCCCAGUCAUCUGAAAACACGCCUGUAAACCCUGUUGAAAGUGCACAAGCGAUUAUCAACCAAGCGAUGGCGAGUAACUACACCCCCAAGUGGAGUGGGCUACAAACGAUGAGCCCCUCUUCACUGGUUCUCCCACCGGGUCUCCUACUUGAACCGGAACCUCCAGCAUCACCCCCCUCCCCAUCACCGGCACCGCCUUCUGCUUCUCGGCCUCGCACCCACGUCCGGAUGAAAAGGGUGUCUUCGCUUUCCGACCGCAUUGUCACAAAAAAGUCGAAAGUGGACUUCCUACAACCAGAAGCCAGCAGUGAAGAUGAGAAGCCUCCAAAAGUCAUCUUUCCCACCGUCUCCAGUCGGGCCUCAGGAGUUCGGAUCAAGACCCCGACAGUGAAGGGAGUCCUAAACCUGGACGACUUGACAGAGGAGCACUUUAGUGAUUCUGAUAGCUCAGGGUCAGAGCCUUGGGGUUAUUUGUCUCAGGGUGAACAAGGCAAACCGUUUGCGUGGGAAGCUGCAGGACACAGCAUUCUGACUGACUGGAAGAAAUACUCUGGUGCUGCUUGUACAUCAGAUGAGGAUCUGACUUUGUCCGAAGAGGAUGAGGAAUGCCCAGCCAACAAAGAGCAGCCACAUUUGCGAUUUGAAAUAACCAGUGAGGAUGGUUUCAGCGUAGAAGCAGACAGCAUUGAGGUGGCUUGGAAAGCGGUAAUCGAUGGUGUACAGGAGGCUCGUGCUAUAGCGAGGCUGAGGCCCCUGACCUUCCAGAGUGUCACAGGGACCCGAAUUCUGGGGCUGAUACAUGACACAGUAGUUUUCCUGCUGGAACAACUUGAAGGAGCUCACCGGUGCCAGAAGCACACUUUCCGUUUCUUCAAACAACAGAGCCCUGAUGAUGAUCUUCCUGUUAACCCCAGCGGAUGUGCUCGGUCUGAGCUGUAUCUCAGGAAGUCCACGUUUGAUAUGUUCAACUUCUUAGCUUCUCAGCACAGACAGCUUCCUGACAUAGGACCUUAUGAUGAUGAGGAGGAUGAAGUUCUUUUGAAGUCUACCAGACGGGCCACUAGUUUAGAGUUGCCCAUGGCCAUGCGCUUCAGACACCUGGAGAGAACAUCCAAAGAGGCUGUGGGAGUCUACAGGUCUGCCAUCCAUGGCCGUGGCCUCUUCUGCAAGAGGAACAUCGAAGCAGGCGAGAUGGUCAUAGAGUAUGCAGGCAUCGUGAUCCGCUCAGUGCUCACUGACAAAAGAGAGAAGUACUACGAUGGCAAGGGCAUCGGCUGCUACAUGUUCCGGAUUGACGACUUUGACGUGGUGGACGCAACUAUGCACGGCAACGCAGCGCGGUUCAUCAACCACUCCUGUGAGCCCAACUGCUACUCAAGGGUGAUCAACGUGGAAGGACGCAAGCAUAUCGUCAUCUUUGCUCUGAGAAAAAUCUACCGAGGGGAGGAGCUCACCUACGACUACAAGUUCCCCAUUGAAGACGCCAGCAACAAACUCAACUGCAACUGCGGUGCCCGGCGAUGCCGUCGAUUCCUCAACUGAAAGGUGGAGGAAAGGAGUGGAUCCCUGUUCACUAGUAAGCCUUAAGUUAAGGAGGCACUGGAUUGGGCUGAGAGAGGCAGCAGAAGGGGUCGAGGGGGUGGAAUUAGCCACUAUGAAACCAGUCCGAGGUAAUAUGGAGACGUUUUUGUGGCUCGGAGAGUAACAGAAGUCAGAAGUGAUCGCCUCAUGACAUACUUUUGCUUCAAAGGACUUGUGCUGCACAGCUGCACGAGUAAAGGAAGCAGUCUAUGUCUAUAUACCGACAA